GUGUGCCGCGGGGCCGAGCUGUGCUGGGAGUUCCCCAGAGGGGGUCCAGGCCACGGAGCUGGGAGCGCCCCAGCACAGAUCUGGGGCGGGCAAUGUGCGGCUAUGUGCUGCUGGAGUGACCGACCCUGGCAGAGUGCCCCGUACCUGGGCUUUGGACUGAAAUUUAAGGAACUUGUUGUGCUGUCACAGAGCUGUGAGCACAGGGCUGCGGCUUUACUCCUCUGUUUAGCAUUGCACAGUGGUGUCCUCCCUGAGGCCUUUUCCCUGGGUCUGGCUUUGGUUUGGUGCUUGUCCCCACGAGUGUGGAGCAGAGCCCUGCGGUCCUGAUGAGUAGGAGCGCAGUGCUGCUGGGCUACACGCUGCCUGCCAGAGGGCACACAGAGGCCUGGGCCCUGUGACAAGAGCUCAGGCCACCUCUCCAGAAGAGCCCGUCUACAUCCACGGGGCAUGGGUGCAGCUUGGGGUUGCACAUUACAGUAGCUGGCCAAGAGUAUUCUAUGCUCAGUUGCUAUCGCAGGCAGUCUCCAUCGGAGGCUGUUCUGCUUCCCGGGGAUAUGCCAGAGCUGCUGGUGUCACGGUGGCAGAGGACAGGUGUUCGCACCAGGCACCGUCUGCCUCCGCCGUGGCUGUGAGCAGGUGGAAGGUGCUGUGUGUCAGGGUGGAGCCAGGAGCUCCGAAGCUGCCCUGGGAGCUGCCAGCUGCAGUGCAAUUUGCCUGGAGAGAUCUGUGCUGUGGUUGUGAGGCUGCCCAGAGCCUCCCCUGCCAGACACCAUCAUCUUGCUUUCUUUCCUCAAAUCUCUACAUCACCUCUUUGUUUUUCUACCUCCAGGGCUGACUUUGAAUGCACUCCAGAGAAGUAGAGCCAAGUUCUCAAAAUAGCCGCCUCAAAAUUCUUGUCUUUGUCCAGUGCAGUUAGCUGCUUUCUGGUAGAACGGUUUUUCAUCAGCCUGCUGCUGGCUGUGUGGGCCUGAGGGGGCAUUGAGCAGUGCCCCUGCACUGUGUGCCGGAGCAGCCAUGCCAUUCCUUUGAGAGCUGGAGUGCUGGUGGUGGUGUCAGGGGCAGGAGCAUGCUGGGGGGGUUGCUGUUAUCACAGUGGUGCCAUGCUGUGGGCACCUGAGCCCUGUCCAAGCGGGGAUGCCGUGUUCUCAGGGGGCUCUCCAGUGUUUCCCCUCUGUUCACUCUUCUUUGGAGCACCACUACUGUUGGUGAAGCCCCUGGAAGUUGGGGCGCAGGGAGAUGUGCUCAGAUACAUCACAGCCACACAGAGGCCAUCGUGGGCCUGUUUCCCACAACAGCAGCACUGCUCAAGGCAGCUGUUGGAGUGUGUGGAGCUGUGGUGACGCUGCCCAGCUCCGGCUCUGAGUGCUGUGCCCUUGCAGGGGAGCUAAAGAAAGAUGAACUUUAGCUCUCGGGCUACUUUUAGCUGCUCUUCUCUGAGCUCUGUACAGCUUGUUUACCUCAGCGCUUGCGUCAUGCCGUGCUCAGCCCUGGUCACAUCAGUCGCUAUUUGGCUCAGCUCCAGCAGUGAGAGAAGAGGCAAACCACAGAGGCAGCAAACCUGCUGGAAUUGGAAGGGUUCAGCCCUCAGAUUUUUAAACCUACCCCAGGGAGCUUCCCCACAGCAGGAUGGGCUGCAGAGGGAUCCUGCGUCGGAUUUUGGGCUGACAGUGUGGAAGCUUUCAUAAUGCAGGUGACUCUGGUGGUUGGGGGUCACAGGACUCCUUUUCCUCAAGAGCAGUCAGUGCCUUGGGCACCGCCGGGAGGAGCAGGCAGUAAGUGCUGUGCUGAAGGGGGAAAAUCCUCCUCUCCAGCCCUUCUGGCUGCUUCCUGCCUCCUUGCUGCUCCCAGACGUUCUCUGCCUUUCCACAUCCUCCUGUGACUCUCUGAUGGGUUGGCAGCCUCCAUCAGCUGCUGCAGCAGAGCUGUCUCACUUGGCAAGAGCCCAUGUUUCAGCAAAUUGUGUCUGGAGGCUGCUUCCAGCCCUCUUCCUGUGGCAGCAUGGGGAGACUUUGUCAGGUCAGGCGCCUAUGGAGGUGGAGGCUGUAAAAACGCUGUGCAAUGUGCUGUAUCUGUGCCGACAUCCCUGGAGACGAGGACUGAAAGGGACCUCAUGGUCUGGCAAGCAGAGAGCAUAGCUCAUGGCAGCGAGCAUCCCCACAGGCUGCUGCUUUGCUCCCACGCAGUGCGAGUCCUCUGCAGUGCCUCUUAUUGUACUCGUGCAUGUGUUCUGCAGCCACUUCCUUUGCUCCUUUGGGUGCCUGCACUGUGAGGAGAUGCCUGCAGUGGGAUGAAACUGAGCAGCUCAUGUUUCGUUUCGGGCAAGUUCUGUUUUUCAGGGAUGAGUGUGUCUCACCACUCCGCAGGGCAGCUGCUUCCUGGGCUGCGCACAGGGAAGAUGUGGCUGCCUCCUGCCCUGCACUGCAGCUGGUGGGGGCUUGGAUUUCACCUUUGGUGCUGUGCAGGUUUGGGUUCAAACACAGCCCAGCGAGACCUGGAACAGGGCUUUACUCGUGGAAGAUCUACUUGGAUCGGGGAAGUGCAGGGCGGGAGCUCCGGAUGUUGGUGGCUUGUGGAUUCUCAGCUCUUGGCUGUGCAUUUGUUGCUUCAUUUCCCCCUCACCCUCAGAAGCAGCACCACAUGCUUCACACUGUGCUGACAGCCUCUAGCACCCCUCUAAAAGGAGUGUGAGCACCCUGCGAGUGAUCCCCAUGCUGCUGCAGCCCCACAAGCAGCCAAUGAGGAGCUGAGCCCACUGCAGAGCAGGGACUUUGGUGCCGUGCCUAGUAAGCAGACAUGGAGUGCAGCGAAGGGCCCAGCCUGUCUUGGUGCAAAAAGGAGAAGUCCUGGGGUCACAUAGGUGUCAAACAGAGCUGGGUCUUCCCUCAAGUCUGACAGAGCGUCUGUCUCUUCACAGGCUCCUGUUUCUCCUCCUCCCUUUCACCUGCUGCUCUGUUAAAGCCAGGCUUUGUUCACGUGGUCUUCUCUAAAGAUUGCACCAGAGGCUGUGGUUCAAGGUUAAUGUCUUGUGGGUGCUGCUUCUGUCAUCUGGGCUGUGCAAUGCCACAAAGCUCUAAAAAGCAGCUUAACUCCUUACCAGGUGCCAGUGUCUGUCACCUCCCCUCGUCUCAUGGGGAGGCUGAUUCCCCUUUUUCUCCUCUGAGAAAAAACAUCCACAAAGAUGGAGAAAGGGUCCCAUACAACCAACUCCAGAAAAGCACAACAUUCAGUAAUGCUGGAAACACUGGGUGGUAGAAAUCAGAGACACCUUGAGAACCUGCUGAUUGAGCCUGGCUCUCUGUGCUGUGCUGCUGCUCUGAGGGGGGACCUGGGGCACAGGGCCGUGGCUGGGCAGCAGCAGUCGGGGCCCUCGUGUCCCCUGUUCUGUGUUGCCAGGAACGUGCCUGUAGCACAGCCCUAGUGGGCUUGGAGCUCCUGCCUGAUGCUGCUGCGUGCCUGGGCAAGGCUGGCUUCAUGGAAUCAUGGAACAGGACAUCCUGAGCUGGGAGGAACCCAGAGGAUCAGUGCGUCCAACCCUGGGCUCCAUACAGCACCACCCGAGUCCAAACCCUACGUCUGAUAGCAGUGUCCAAAUGCUCUUUGAGCUCCGGCAGCCUGGGGUCAUGAGCAGGAGCCUGACUGUGCGUGGAGCAGUGGCCGCAUGAGCGGAUUUUCUCGCUGGGCCCAGUGCCCUGCCUUCCCUGUUCCCAGCCCGUCCUGGAGCCCAUGGGCAGAGUGCCCUGCUUUGCAGGAGGGGACUAAACGCAGUCUCAGGAAGUGGCACCGGCUUCCUCCCACUUGACCCCUGCGAGCACAGGGGUGGGCACUGCUCCCCAGCCCCGCUGCCCCCACAUCUCCCUCCUGCUCAGCGCACACCACCGCUGCCUUUGGGACAGGCUCUAGUGCCGGCCCUCGGCGGCGUGCCAGCCCUGCGCCGCCCCGCUGACGUGUCACUUGUUGGGGUUGUCUCUGCAAAAAGCAAACCACUUUCUGGGGGAAGUGAGCCCCUGGUGGGGCUCAAUGGUGCUUUGUGCCUGUGCUUCCUGCACAGCUUGCUGUCCCCUCAUUAGGCAGAGUUUGAUUUCUAUUGAUGCACGAGCCACUAACUUGAAAAUUGCUCCUUCCUCGUUUCUGUUGCUUCCUGGCAGUCUCCGCCUUCCGCACUUACUGUAAGCUCUGCAGCUCCUUCCCUGCCCUCGGGAGCAGGCGCAGGGCUGCGUGCGGGCUGGCUGCAGGGCGUGCGGAAGGGACUGGCACCAGAUCAAAGCCUCGGCCCUGUUGCUGUGACCUGCAUGCCCAAGCCUCCUUCGCUUCCCCCCGGCACGAAGGGUUCCGGAGCCGGCCAGCAUGGCGCAGUGGAACCAGCUGCAGCAGCUCGACACGCGGUACCUGGAGCAGCUCCACCAGCUCUACAGCGACAGCUUCCCCAUGGAGCUGCGGCAGUUCCUGGCCCCAUGGAUUGAGAGCCAGGACUGGGCAUACGCUGCCAACAAGGAGUCACACGCCACACUGGUGUUCCACAACCUACUGGGGGAGAUCGACCAGCAGUACAGCCGCUUCCUGCAGGAAUCCAACGUCUUGUACCAGCACAACCUGCGGCGCAUCAAGCAAUUCCUGCAGAGCAGAUAUUUGGAGAAGCCGAUGGAAAUAGCCCGCAUCGUGGCUCGCUGCCUGUGGGAAGAGUCACGGCUCCUCCAGACAGCUGCCACCGCUGCCCAGCAAGGGGGACAGGCGACACAUCCAACAGCAGCUGUAGUGACAGAAAAGCAGCAGAUGCUGGAGCAGCAUCUGCAGGAUGUAAGGAAGAGGGUGCAGGAUCUGGAGCAGAAGAUGAAAGUGGUGGAGAAUCUCCAGGAUGACUUUGAUUUUAACUACAAGACUUUGAAAAGCCAAGGAGACAUGCAGGAUCUGAAUGGAAACAAUCAGUCAGUGACACGUCAGAAAAUGCAGCAGCUGGAACAGAUGCUCACGGCACUGGACCAGAUGCGAAGGAGUAUUGUGAGCGAGCUGGCAGGACUGCUGUCAGCCAUGGAGUAUGUGCAGAAGAUGCUGGCAGAUGAGGAGUUGGCAGACUGGAAGAGACGGCAACAAAUUGCCUGCAUUGGUGGCCCACCAAAUAUCUGCUUAGACCGGCUUGAGAACUGGAUAACUUCUCUUGCCGAAUCACAGCUGCAGACCCGGCAGCAGAUCAAGAAGCUGGAAGAGCUGCAGCAGAAGGUGUCGUACAAGGGUGACCCAAUUGUCCAACACCGGCCAAUGCUGGAGGAGCGGAUUGUGGAGCUGUUCAGGAACCUGAUGAAAAGUGCUUUUGUUGUGGAAAGGCAGCCCUGCAUGCCCAUGCAUCCUGACCGGCCCCUGGUCAUCAAAACUGGUGUGCAGUUCACCACCAAAGUCAGAUUGUUGGUGAAGUUUCCAGAGCUGAACUAUCAGCUGAAAAUCAAAGUCUGCAUUGACAAGGACUCUGGUGACGUUGCAGCACUUCGGGGGUCCCGGAAGUUUAACAUCCUGGGGACGAACACCAAGGUCAUGAACAUGGAGGAGUCAAAUAAUGGCAGCCUUUCAGCAGAGUUCAAGCACCUGACACUGCGGGAACAGAGGUGUGGUAAUGGAGGCAGAGCCAACUGCGAUGCCUCACUGAUUGUGACCGAGGAGCUGCAUCUCAUCACCUUUGAGACAGAAGUGUACCACCAGGGGCUGAAGAUUGACCUGGAGACCCACUCACUGCCUGUGGUAGUCAUCUCAAAUAUCUGCCAGAUGCCUAAUGCCUGGGCAUCCAUCCUGUGGUACAACAUGCUGACCAACAACCCCAAGAACGUGAACUUCUUCACUAAGCCACCCAUUGGGACGUGGGACCAGGUGGCAGAGGUGCUGAGCUGGCAGUUCUCCUCUACCACAAAGCGUGGUCUCAGCAUCGAGCAGCUGACAACUCUGGCAGAAAAACUUCUAGGGCCAGGUGUGAACUACUCUGGUUGUCAGAUCACCUGGGCCAAGUUCUGCAAGGAGAACAUGGCUGGCAAAGGCUUCUCGUUCUGGGUCUGGCUAGACAACAUCAUUGACUUGGUGAAAAAAUAUAUCCUGGCGCUGUGGAAUGAAGGGUACAUCAUGGGGUUCAUCAGCAAGGAGCGGGAGCGAGCCAUCCUGAGCACCAAGCCUCCGGGAACCUUCCUGCUGCGCUUCAGCGAGAGCAGCAAGGAGGGUGGCAUCACCUUCACGUGGGUGGAGAAGGACAUCAGUGGAAAGACUCAGAUCCAGUCUGUGGAACCUUACACCAAACAGCAGCUGAACAGCAUGUCAUUUGCGGAAAUCAUCAUGGGCUACAAAAUCAUGGAUGCCACCAACAUUCUGGUGUCUCCCCUGGUGUAUCUGUACCCGGACAUCCCAAAGGAGGAGGCAUUUGGGAAGUACUGUCGCUCUGAGAGCCAGGAACACUCAGAAGCUACUGACUCAGGUAGUGCUGCUCCAUAUCUAAAGACCAAGUUCAUCUGUGUCACCCCCACCUCCUUCAGCAACACCAUCGACCUGCCCAUGUCCCCACGCACCCUGGACUCACUCAUGCAGUUUGGCAACAGUAGUGAGGGAGCAGAGGCCAACGCAGGAGGCCAGUUUGAGUCGCUGACCUUCGACAUGGAGCUGACCCAGGAGUGUGCAUCUUCACCGAUGUGAUGUGCUGUGCUGGCGCCCGCAGGACCUGCGUGGCUCCGAAUUGUUCUCGGUCACAUUUGCUCUGGGCCUUUUCUCGGGAGGAGCUGGGGGCUGUGAUCCUUGCCACUGAUUCCUUGUUUUACCCAAACGAACAGACACGUCACCGCUGCGGUGCUGUUCGCCUCUCUGGGGGAAGGGGGUUGAACCUUUUUCUAUUUCCUUCCAUAACAGUUUUAUAUUAUUGUUUUGCUCAUUCAAGUGCCUAUUAGCCUCUGAUUGCAGCCUCAGUCUUUACAAAUGCUUCUGCAGCUCCUGCCUGCUGUUGAAAGCUGCUUUCUUGACUGCCGGUGUCUGGAAGCCCACAGUCCCAUGAGCCUGGAUCUGAGAGGGCAGCAGCAGACCCAGUCUCCCUGUGGGUGAUCUGUGCUGUGCAGCAGCUCCCCAGCAGCCCUGAGAACCUGCAGAGGGAUCUCAUCUCUGUUCCUUCCCCUCGCCCUGCUUGUGGCCUGGAGGGGCAGCGAGUGGCUCUGUGCUGCAGGGUGGAAGAGCCCGAGGGUGAGCAGAGGGCUUUGCUGUGCUCUGCCAGGAGCAGGGAGUUUUGAUGCUUACUGCUGCCUUCCUGCUCUGGGCAGAGACAGGAGCAGAUCCAGCAGCCCUGGGCACCGCUGCUUUCCCUGUGCUGCAGUGCCCUGGGGAAGGGCAGGGAAGUGUCCCAGCAGCAUUGUGUGCUUGUGAGCAUGCAGCGUCUGCAUCUUGGUUCCUUUUUAGGACCAGGAGGCUGCUCCUGACCUUGGCUGGCCACUUGGCCAGACUCAUGACAGGAGCACAACUGCACUUCCCUGUGCAGUGUGAGACCUUUCAGAGCUGGGGAGCAGUGGAUGACUGGGCUCUCUGAUGCAGUUUGUGAUGUCCCAGGCAGUGGGUUUGCAGCGUCUCAGGGGCUUUGUGUGGCACUUUGUUGGAGGUUGGCUGUCACUGCUAAGUUAGGAGGUGGCAAGGAUUGAAGAGAGAAGGAUGGGCAAAGGGAGAGGAAUCUGCUGGGGGCCAGCAGCAGCCAUGGAUGCGUGGGUGCUGCAGGUGGCAAGGCUCCUUGCUCUGGAGGUCAGGGAAGGUUGGGAGCUGUGCUGACUCACGGUGGUUCUGUAUUUAUCCGAGUGUAGGGGGCCUUCCUGCCCUUUCCACCAGGCGUGGGCUUUGGUUCCAUUCCUGAGCAAAAAUGGGAGGGAGGGGCAGUGUGAGGGUCGCCUGCUUCCCCAGAGCAGCAGGAUGCUCCUUGCAGUAAGGUAGGGCCAUGGGGCAGCAUGGGGCAGCCUCUGGGACCCAGCAGCUCUGGGUAACACCAGCAGAGAAACUUGUGGGCACCAGCACAGGGCUGCGAUGGUGUUGGUGCUCUGGCUGUUGAUGCUCCGUUGUCCGUACCCAUGGCGAUGCUGUGGUGCAGGGGGGCCCUGUCCAGCAUCUUCACUGCGUGGCUCUGGCUUUUCUGCCCAGAAACGACACCGGGAUGCACACACAGCCCUCCCACGCCUGCGAGCUGCAUUGCUCCAGGUCUGUCAGCUGUGCAGGGAGCCAGGGGCAGUGCCAAAGACAGCAUCCCCCUGUGCCCACUCACCAUGAGGAGGGGACUGCUGCCCCUGGGCAGCACCGGACACGGUGUGGGGGCAGGGCGGGGGUCUCGGGGCUGCCCAUGGGCACAGGACAGCGGCCCUCCGCAGUUGGUAGGAGCUCAGGGGGAGCGAGGCCUGUUGCUUUUCCCUGUGCUGGCAUGUCGCUGCCUCCAGCUGCCAUCAAUGGAGCACCUGGGCCACAUUCAAUACUGUAAAAAUUUUUAGUUUUUUUGUAUAUUUUAUUGCUGUAUCUACAGGCUUUAACUUUCUCCAAAAUAAAGGCUCUGAAGCAA